AUGGACACUCGGAAGUCUGGCAUUAUAUCUAUUUUGAACAAUGACGACAACCCCUCUUUUGCUGUUCGACCCAUUAAAAACGCAAAAUGCCGACCACAGACAGUGACAUAUACCCAUCAGCAGGUUCGUCAAUGGCCCUCACAAGGUGGACAUCAUCAAAAUACACGAGCAGACCGGGUCAUUCUGCCCCCCUUAUCUCCUGGCAUUUAUCGUAUAGAUCCAGGCAUGCACCAUUACAGCGGGCUCAGCCAGCCCCCAGAGCAUUCCAUCUACUACAAUCAUCAGGUUCCAACAACCCAGGUUGCUGGCACAUAUACUCCCACAAGCUGUCGUAACUCGCAGUACUUUCCGAUUGAAAAGCUGUCGAUUGGGAGGAUUACACACAGCGAGAUCCAGCCUGGAGACCCUCCCUCACCACCAACUCCGCUUAGUGCAUCGGGGGACACGCGAGCAGCGAAAGUCAGCAAGAAGAAUAAGUACCCGUGUCCUUACGCCGUCUCGCAUUCUUGCACCGCAACUUUCACCACAUCCGGGCACGCUGCCCGGCACGGCAAGAAGCACACGGGCGAGAAGAGCGUCCACUGCCCAGUUUGCAACAAGGCAUUCACUCGAAAAGACAACAUGAAACAGCAUCGAAGGACACAUCGGCUGUCGAUAUCGAGCACAACGUCGCUGAAAAGGAGCGACGAUGACACCACUCCACCCGAAUGGAGUGGCAGUAACAAAAGCCAGUGCGACAGGGGUGAUUACGUCGGUCUUGCAACGCCAACUUCCCCAUGUACAGAUGGUAGACCGGAUGAUACCCUAAGCCAAUCCACUAGUCACAGUUAUGGAGGACGGUCAUAUACUUCAAUAAACGAGUCUACGCAAGCGACUUCACGAACUGACGCUAUUACCAGAGGGCUGGAUACUCUGGCAGUUGCCGCGGAGAAAUCACAAAUUGACAGCUACACUCGAUGAUGUAUGAAGGAGACGUACUAAGACAUGCUUGAUAUUCAAUAGAGCCAGCUUCUGUUCUUUUUUUUUUUUUUCCUGGCAUUUUUUCCUACUUUUUCUGUUUGAUAUCCCAUACUAUAGAAGCAAUUUUCCGCAUAGGAAAGCGCAGCUGGAAUGGCAACGACGAGGGUGAGGGGAAAUGGUUGGGUGUUAGAGUGUUUCUUCCUUUUGUUUCUCUCAUGUCCUUCUUAUUGUUUUCGUUUUCGUUCCCCAUCCACCACUGUAUCCCCUCGUGUCAACCAUUGAUUUCCCUCUCUCUGUUCUUCCAUUUCCCAGUGCAGGCGUUAUCAGAAUCGAAUCCAUGUAUAAAACAAAGUCAAAGGCUGUGAAGAACCCAGCAAGUAAAUUUGCAUUGUGAGUGUGAAAGAUUUUCGACAGGCGAGCUACAUAUAUAGGACAACGGUCGAGAAAAGGGUUACCUGAAUCCUUCUCACUUCUCGUCUCACUUUUGAUUUCUUUCAUCCGUGAAAAACU